GCAGUGAAACGGAGGAAGCUCGCCGGAGGUAUCGGAAUACGCUAUUCGACCGAGAGGCAAAGGCAGCUGCCAGCCUUCUCGAACAGGUUCGACAAUACGUCGGACGCAGUGGCAAGUGUCAGGUCACAGAUUUCGAGGACCUUUGCACCAUCCACCAUGCCAUCAGCAACCUGUUUGAGAGAGUCAAGAGGUUUAGCAGCCUCGAGUCGAUGCCUAGAGUGUACCGCAACGCCGUGAAGGCGGCUGGCAUCGAGAGGCCUCCCGGCGAGGCGGAUGACGCGCAGCUCUUGAUUCUACAGGGAACGAACGAUUUGGAGGACCCCCCGUCUGAGACGGUGGUGGAUCUCACCCCGUCAGCUCCUCUCUUUGACCUCGUUCGCAAAGUUCCCGAAGUCUCCAUAGAGGACCUCUGCCGGAAUGUUCCGCUUCCCCAGCAGAUUCCUGCUCCUUCCCCGCGGUCCCCGGCCGCACCGCGAGCGCCUCCCAGGCGGCGGAAGCCGUCCGGGCCCUCGAAGGCUUCCUCUGGUCAGCGCAGUCCAGCCUCCCGACCCAACUCGACGGGCAAGGGAAAGCCUGCUGCAGAGAAGCCAGUUCCAACAGAGCUCUUCGUCGAGGUCUUCAUGGAGUUCACCAACGGCAGCGCGCCGCCUGAAGGGCAGGUGCUCCAGGAGUUACGCCUCGAGAUGCAAGUGGUCGAGUUGCCAUCGCGCACGCCUUUGCGGUCCUUGCGCAUAACAAAUGUGCCUGGCUCCAUUGGCACGGCUAUGCUGGAGGUUAGCAGCUUCCCACGAGCGGAGCUAUGUAUGGCGCUGAUCAAGGAGUCUGGAGACAACGAUGCUCCCAAACUAAGCUGGGACGACAGCGAGGAAUUCUCCAUGCUCAGCCCUGGUGAUAGCGGUAGUCGCAGCGCGAGCGUCUCGAGUGCUCUGCGUGUGCCUGUGUCGCAGCUCCUCUCUGCUUGCGCCGUGG